UCAAUCAUCAUAUUUAUAUGCCACAAGUGUGAGCUUUGUUUCACUUUCACAAAGAAGUGUGACGGACGGAUCGUGAUUACUCGUGGUACCUACUUAUAACUAAAAGAUGAAUUCGUCAGCUAUACUGUUUAUUUUCUUAACAGUUGCCUUACUCUCGGAGAGCCUUCCUACCAACAACUUGCAACUAAUUGGAAAAUGUACCACUCAAGAGUUAUUUUCGAUGAACCAAAAGAUGCAGCGAUGUUACAUGCACGAUGGUAGUCCAACAAAUUUUCAGAUUCAACUGAUGUCAAAUGUGACUAACAGGGACUACGCUUCAUUAUGCAAAUUUCUAGAAGAAGCCACCCAGUGUAGCGUCUCAGUCUACGAAACCUUCGACUGCUUAACAGAAGAUAUUAAGAACUUCCAACGAGUGGGUUACAGAGCUACGAAGGCAUCACUUAGCUUUAUGUGUGGAAACAACCAAGCCAACAUUGCAAAGUUUAUUGAAGGCGGAGGGAUUGACUGUAUAGGUAAGAUUUCCGCCACUGAAGAUAGUAGCUGUUUCGUAGAAAUAGCGUCGCUAGUAAAAGAACAAGGCGUUCAAAAGAUUUUUAAAUCAUGGGAUUUUACUUGUGGGUUAAUGGAGAAAGCUGUUGGCUGCUUAAGCUCCAUGUUGUCCAGCUGUACCCAGGACGUUUCGGAUAUGUUUAAUGGAGUCGUACUAUCUUACCUAAAAGAAACUCCUUGUUCUUCUACAGAUAAUUCUUUACAGUACUUCAAGUACCAGCACGAAGAUGGCACGGAACUGGGACAAUUUGAUUUCGUUGGUUUAAAUUAACUCCAGCGAAAUAGCUUAUGAAGCAUUUAGUAAUGAUGAGUUCCUACAUCCACAUUCAUCGAGUUUUCUUAAUUUAGUUAUAUUAAGUGUAUCAUUAAUGCUACUCUGUUUAUACGUAGAUCAUACGUGUGUGCAUUUAUAGUUGUUUUUAAAUAUAUCUGUUUCUUCAAUAUCAUUUCUUUUUUUCUGUUUGGUAAUUUAACCAAAAAUAUUGAUUCUGUUAUAGUUACUUAAAUUGUUUUGAUGAAUAUUUCCGACUCAUAAUCUAAUAAAACGUUUAAAACGAUUUAA